CAAGAGAAAGCUAUGGGCCCAGCAAGGCCCAGGGCCCUAGUAUAGCUAGGAAGAAGGAAAUUAGCCUGCAGGCUGCGAGAGCCAUCAGCCCUUAGGCAGAGAAAUCAGGGAGGUAGUCCAGUUAAAGAGCGAGCGCUCCACUAAAUCGGACAAAAUGGUUGAUCAUCUCCUGGGAACCUGGAAAUCAACCUCAUGUGAAAACUUUGAUGCAUACAUGAAAGAAUUAGGACUGGGUUUAGCCACCAGGAAACUGGGCAAGCUGGCCAAACCCAGCAUGACCAUCAGUGCUGAUGGCGAUAUGGUAACCAUCAAAACCAAGAGUGCCUUUAAAAAUAAUGAGAUCUCUUUCAAGCUUGGUGAGGAGUUUGAUGAAACCACACCAGAUGACCGGAAAGCCAAGAGCAUUGUGACUUUAGACAAUGGGUCAUUAAAUCAGGUCCAGAACUGGGAUGGCAAAGAGACCACAAUAAAGAGACAAGUGGUAGAUGGGAAAAUGGUGGUGGAAUACACUAUGAAUGACAUCACCUGCACUAGGAUCUAUGAGAAAGCCUGAAGAAACUCUGUCAGUACCCUGCUUGACUAAAAAUUGGAGUACUAUAAACUUAACUGUUGUAGGUACUUAAUAAAAAGCUUACAAAUGAAGUAAAAUACUUAUUGCCUAUAUACUGGUGUCUACAGGCUAUUGAGUGGUUGGAUUUUCUUUAAAAAAGUUGACAGUUUCUGAUGCUAAAUUUGCCUCACUAAAAAAAUCUUCCCC